AGUGAUAUAUUAUCAUAUAUGUCGAACUGUAGUACCUAAUCCUUUACACCGUGUUCUACCUAGUGCACGUAUACAGGAAGAAGUGGAAUAUUUGGGAUUGAACCUAGGUGUGCGUCUGGGUGUGUCUCUCUACACUCAUCAUACUGACAGAUUAUGACUGAACCUGUUUCCUGGCUGUGACUUGAGAGGUACAGACGGUUUACAAUGGAUUUGUACAAUUCGUGGUUGAUUUUGUUGCUUCUAGCAGAAGCUGGUUUCUGUUCUGCUGACCAGCUUGUGAUGCCAGGAGAAGUGAGUGGUGUGAGGGGUAAAAGCGUGAACUUCACGGCAACGGUUCCUCCAUCGAUUUUGGUCGAGACUGUGACGUGGUCAUUCAUCCCCAAAUCCGGUGGCAGUGUUCCCGUCUACACGGCCACGGAAGUGAAAGAGAAGGUGUCGGACGCGUACAUGGGCCGUGUGACCUAUUACAGGAACAUGUCCACGCUACAGUUAAACACGCUGACUGCGGCUGACGGUGGACGUUAUACCUUGACUAUAGUGGAUUCCAAUCUGAACCAGCUGGUGGGUCAGACUGCGCUCGUGGUGCUGGAGCCUGUGGCGGAUGUGAAAAUCAUGGCCAACCUCCCUGAAGCAGUGGAAUUCAACAGCACUGUAAUCCUCACCUGCGUCGCAAAAGGGUCUUUACUCGUGUACAGUUGGCAGAACAACUCCAUUCCAGUUGUGGUGGAUGGGAUGCAUAUAGUGCAGAACGGGAGCCAGCUCAUCAUUAACGGAGUUUUUCGUGCAGAUCUGAUGGGGCCACUCUCCUGCACAGCCAAGAGCCCACUGGAAUCUUCAACUAGUGACGCUUUCAACCUCACCGUCAACUAUGGCCCUGAGCUUGUCACUAAAACUCAAGUGCCUCCAGCUGAUGUCCUGAAGAAGGGUUCCAACCUGACAUUGUCAUGCUCGGCUAAGUCCAGCCCUGCUGCUGAAUUCAUAUGGCUUUUUAACGGAGCCGGACUUCCCCAGAAGACUGCUACAGUAAUUCUCUCAAACCUGGGAGAGGAACAGAGUGGCAACUACAGCUGCAUGGCCUACAACAGCAAGACCAUGCGCUACGUCACUUCAGAGGUCACCCAAUUGUCUGUCCUAGAAGCUAUUUCAGACACGAACAUCAGUGUCUCUACUUCGACUUUUAUUGCUGGUAACAGCACAAUGAACCUUACAUGCAAAUCCAGUGCAGGGAAUGCCGACAGCGUACAUUGGCAUAAGGAUGGUAAACCUCUGGAUAAUACCAAUCGCAUCGUCUUCAGCACGGACAAGAGUACCCUCACCAUCCCCACUGUACAGAAGGAGGACGCUGGGGAGUACAAAUGCGAGCUGAAGAAUAAAAUCAGCAGUGGAGCCAGUAAAUACUAUGUGAUAAUCAACUAUGGGCCAGAGAAUGUGGCAAUAAAGGGAGAAAAAUAUGCCACGGAGGGCCAAACCGUGACCAUAAAUUGCACUUUUGCCUCAGUCCCAUAUCCCAAAUUUGAAUGGAAGUUCAAUGACUCGGUUAUACCCGGCGAAGCAAACGCAUGCUUGAUGAUCUCGAGUUUUGAAUCCAUGAAGAGUGGCAUAUAUACUUGUGAAGCAUCUAAUCCCAUCACUGGACUCAAAAAGACUGCCAACCACAAUCUCAUGGUGAAGGAUUCAGCAGUGCAGGAAUCGGAGGGCCUGUCUAGUGGAGCCAUCGCUGGAAUCGUCAUAGCCGUUCUAUUUCUCCUUGCAAUCAUUAUCGGUGUCUGCCUCCACAAGAAGAAGAAGACUACGGAUAUUACAUCACCAUAUUAAAACCACAAGAAGAAAAGAAAACCACAAGAAGAACACCUGGAUCUGCUAGAACAAUUCUUCAGCCAUUUUGUCUUUUUUUACCCACAAGAUGAUUCCACCAGGCAGCUGGAAGAACUGCCUUCAUUAGUGGAACACACCUUUAGGGCUGGCCCUCCCUCUCCCUCACACUGUGUUUCGACCCCAAACCAUAGAGAUUGGUUUCUUAUCUUGGAUUUCCUAUCUCCCAUCCACCUGCUCACUCAGUUUCUCUCUGGUGGCCCAGGAAAACCCCACACUGAAAUUUGCCCUCCUCCUUGGUAUAUUUUGACCUUGCUGUCCUUUACCAUUCACUGAAGUGAAAAUUUACACUGUUUUAAUUCAUCUAAUUCAUCGAUCUACCUACUAUAGCCCAAGAUGCAACAGACUAUGGUGGAAUAACACCAUACACUACACCAGUACACUGCUCUGAUUCUGGAGAAGCUUCAUGACCCAAGCUUGGAAGGCAACAUUCUGUUGAAAAUGAACAUUUGUGCCCAGAAGCACCAAAAUAUUCCAUCGCUGACAAAAGCCAAUGCUAAUACAGAGCUUAGUGUCAAAGUUAUUUACAUGUGUACGACAACUCUGUUCUCAAUUUCAUUCUCUCCUCUUGUGGCCUUUUGAAUAUAAUGUAUGUCUACUGUAGAACUGAAGUACAGUGGUGCUUGAAAGUUUGUGAACCCUUUAGAAUUUUUUUAUAUAUCUGCAUAAAUAUGACCUAAAACAUCAUCAUAUUUUCACUCAAGUCCUAAAAGUAGAUAAAGAGAACCCAAUUAAACAAAUGAAACAAAAAUAUUGUACUUGGUCAUUUAUUUAUUGAGGAAAAUGGUUCAGUAUUACAUAUCUGUAAUAGUGGCAAAAGUAUGUGAACCUCUAGGAUUAGUAGUUAAUUUGAAAGUGACAUUAGAGUCAGGUGUUUUCAGUCAAUGGGAUGACAAUCUGGUGUGAGAGAGAGCCCUGUUUUAUUUAAAAAAACAGAGAUCUAUAAAAGUCUGAGCUUUACAACACGAUUGUGGAAGUGUGUCAUGGUACGAACAAAGGAGAUUUCUGAGGACCUCAGAAAAAGAGUUGUUGAAGCUCAUCACGUUGGAAAGAGCUUGGACUUCACCAAUCCACAGUCAGACAGACUGUGUACAGAUGGAGGAAAUUCAAGACCACUGUUACCCUCUCCAGGAGUGGAGACCAACAAACAUCAGUCCAAGAGCAAGACAUGUAAUAGUCUGCGAGGUCACAAAGGAACCCAGGGUAACUUCUAAGCAACUAAAGGCCUCUCUCACAUUGGCUAAUGUUAAUGUUCAUGAGUCCACCAUCAGAAGAACACUGAACAACAAUGGUGUUCAUGUCAGGGUUGCAAGGAGAAAGCCACUGCUCUCCAAAAAGAACAUUGCUGCCCUUCUGCAGUUUGCUAAAAAAAUCACAUGGACAAGCCAAAAGGCUAUUGGAAAAAUGUUUUGUGGAUGGAUGAAACAAAAUAAAAAUUUUUGGUUUAAAUGAGAAGUGUUAUGUUUGGAGAAAGGAAAACACUGCAUUCCAGCAUAUGAACCUUAUCCCAUCUGUGAAACAUGGUGGUGGUAGUAUCAUGGUUUGGGUCUGUUUUGAUGUGUCUGGGCCAGAAUGGUUUGUCAUCAUUGAUGAAACAAUGAAUUCUGAAUUAUACCAGCGAAUUGUACAGGAAAAUGUCAUGACAUCUGUCCAUGAACUGAAUCUGAAGAGAAAGUGGGUCAUGCAGCAGGACAACGACCCUAAGCGCACAAGUCAUUCUACCAAAGAAUGGUUAAAGAAGAAUAAAGUUGAUGUUUUGGAAUGGCCAAAUCAAACUCCUGACCUUAAUUUGUUGUGGAAGGACCUGAAGCAAGCAGUUCAUGUGAGGAAACCCAAAAACAUCCCAGAGUUGAAGCUGUUCUGUACUGAGGAAUGGGCUAAAAUUCCUCCAAGCCGAUGUGCAGGACUGAUCAACAGUUACCGGAAACGUUUAGUUGCUGUUAUUGCUGCACAAGUGUGUCACACCAGAUACUGAAAGCAAAGGUUCACAUACUUUUGCCACUCACAGAUAUGUAAUACUGGAUAAUUUCCCUCAAUAAAUAAAUGACCAAGUAUAAAUUAAUGUCUUCUUUAUUUAAUUUGGGUUCUUUUUAUUUACUUUUAGGACUUUACUUUUAGGACAAUCUGAUGUUGUUUUAGGUCAUAUUUACGCAGAAAUAUAGAAAAUUCUAAAGUGUUCAUGAACUUUCAAGCACUACUGUAUAAGCGGGUGUGAGUAAAAGAUGUAAAUAUGAGAUUUUUGUUUGUAUUGACUAGGGGUUGCACGACUACUAAUUGCUACAAUGACUACGAUGCGGUUCAGGCUACAAUCAAAGUAAAUAUGCCUGUGCAAGAAAUGUGCAAAAAAAGAAUAAAUCUGUGUAUUAUACUGCACUAUUUAAGGACAUACCAGUUCGUAAAAUGCGCCCUUAUGGACCAACUGGUGGCACAGCUGAAAUCGCAGAUUAACUGGUGCAGAAAUGUAAACUAAAACUUAGCUUAAUGAUGGAGGGAGGAUAAAAUGUCUACAGCAGUGUAGGAGUUUAUAACGCCACAUUUAACUCCAGCACCUGUAGCAUCUGAAAACAAGUCUGAAUCAGCCUCUUUGAGCUAGCAUGUGCUGUUGAUCUGAGUCUAAACCAAGGCUGUUUACAGAUGAUCAGCAGCAAAACCUCUUUAUGCCAGCGAAGCCAUCACAUCUCUAGACUUGACACCUUCAUGCACAACCAGUAAGAUGAACCUUCACAUGUGAUGUAGCACGAUGCAUGUUUUCUCCCAUCUUCUCUAUAGGACAACCAAAGCCAGGACAUGUUUUUAUUAGAGAUUAUAUAAAUGUUGGAUUUAGAAAUGAGCAGAAUGGGUUAGCCUUAUGAAUGAUCUGUUUUUUCAAAUGCAUCAUGAUGACCUAGCGCUACCUCAACCAUACAGUAAAAGCAUUAACUUAGCAGUGAGCAAAAAUGCUGAUCUUCUAUACACCUCUGCACUGCAGACAAAGUGAUAUCAACGUGUUAAUGGUCCAUUAAAGCUUUUCUCAGUGUAGUCUUGUGCAGUUGACUGCAGAACUGACUUCUGACUUAGUCAUCUAUUCUGACAAAGUAAAUUUACCUGCUUUCUUUAUUUCAUUUACUUCACUGUUUUUUCCCCACUCCCGACUAGUCGACACCUCGCAGCAGCAACUAGUGAAUGUUUUAAUCAACUAGUCUGUGCAGCCCCGAGUACUGACAUUCCACAGCUUUGGAGGGAAGAUUUUACUCUGCUUCUGCUCAAAAAUCAUUUGUUUUGAUUUUGUUUUGUUAUAAGCACACCAAAUAGUUUUGAUUUCUCAGUGUUACAUACACAUGUCAGGUUGAAAACUAAACCCACUCAAUACUUUCGUUAUCUUAGUUGUUUUUAGGUUUAGGUUAAGUGAUAUGUCUGGUUCCUCUGUUUUUAAAAGAGAUGCACAAGGAUAAGAUGUUAUCUUGGCAACGAUUUUGAAUUGUGGACACUAAACCUAUGUUUGUGUGUGUGUGUGUGUGCGCGUGCGUGCGUGUAUGUGCGCGUGCAUGCGUGUGUGUGUGUGUGCACUUUCUCCAUUGAACAUGAGCAGAAAUUCAAUUAAAUUCCGUUUUAUUUGUAUAGCGCUUUUAACAACGUACAUUGUCCCAAAGCAGCUUUAUAAAUAAAUAAAGCUGCUUUUAUAAUAUAUAUAUAUAUAUAUAUAUAUAUAUAUAUAUAUAUAUAUAUAUAUAUAUAUAUAUAUAUAUAUAUAUAUAUAACAUUAUUAUAAAUAAAUCCCUUCUAUAAAUGUGCUAAAACUACAUGGUCAAAUAGUGCAGUUGUGUAAUAUGUUCAUAUGAAUUGAGGUCCAAAGCCAUCUUAUGGUUUUUAAGUGGUACCAUCCUCAGCAGCAGCAUAUAGUGUUCUUGAGACAGACCUGCUUUCUGUCCUGAUGGUUGUACUCACAUAUGUUGAUUAUUCGCGGUUUUUAAAAUAAAGCCUAAUUAUCUUUCUUUUUUUUCUAGCAGUGAUGUUUUACUUUGUGCCAACGAUGUUGACUCAGAGGGCUAUUAAUUGCCCGCUGCAGGUAUACAGAGUGACACAACUUUACAGUUAGAUUCUUCCCACACCAAAGAAUACGUUUGAUUUUGUAAUUUUGGUUGUAAUUAAACAAUUGACAAAUUUCUUACAAUUUUUCUAUGUAUUAUAAUUGGAAAAUAAAUAAAUUAAUCAAUGAUAAAGUUUA